ACAUAUUUUAAUUUUAUGUUUGUUAUUAUUUGCAGAUAAAAAUGCAACUUAUGUGUUCUUCGUUACUAGUUGUCUUUGCAACUGUUUCGGCAUUUCAUGAUCUAACGUUUUAUAAGAAGUUGGUGGCAAUUGCAAACGCAACCAUCAACCUUGCUUAUAAUAAACGGAUUACUAUAGGAGAUAAUAUUGAAUCAAAUGGAUUGGAGCAAGUAAUUAAAAUGAUCGUUGAUAAUGAACAUAGAUAUAAUUUAGGCACGAUGAACUUAAUGAUCGCUGUACCAGAAAAAAUCAAUAUUGGGUACGGCUUACCGGAUUAUGAAAACCGCGAAGUCAUGGAAAAUUUCACAUAUUACCAGGCCAUACUAACAAAAAGAAUAAAAACGUUAUUAGAUAUCGAUGGUCCUACAAUUGACGAAGAGCAAAAGUUUGAAGACUUAGAUUUGAAACAACUUGCAGAAGAGAGAAGAAGUCUUACUGGGAUAGCCUUAAAAAAUAUAAUCAGACGUGCUAUAGACUUUGAAAAUUUGGCCAAUUUUGUUGAAGAAAGAAGGAUUAAUCCUACACAAACUUUAAAAAUUAAAAUCGCAGAUAGAUAUAAACAUCGUGUCUCUUUAUCGGGGAUGUGCCGUUUGAUAGCAUUGUUAAUGAGUACAAAAUUCCCAAGAUCAUGUAUUAUAGAAUAUAAGACUGACUUUAUAAGUACGUGUACCCUAUGGGAUGGAACUACAAAAUAUAUAUACAGAGAAAUUGAGAGCACAUGGUGGCAAGUCAACGUCAAUAACAUAAAUAAUAAUGUAAAAUUACUGAAGGAAGUGUUAGAUUUAGAUCAGAGAUCAAUUGUAUGA